UAAUUAACUUUUAAUAACUAGCCCCACCUAUAUAACAAUAUGGCUGCUGGUGGAGAUCCCAAUGAAGAACUGAAAAGACUAGAGCAUAGCAUUACACCUUUGUAUGUACCCAAAAUGAAAGGAGCAACUCAUAGAAGCAGAUCUCAUUUUGCAAUCGACUACACUGGAAAGGCUCGAAUAGCUACUAGAAAGCUUCCUAAAAUAGUCUCCGAGGGAUCCUAUGAUGAUGUGUACGAGCUGCUAAAGCAGGGGGCAGAUCCACGGGAAGCAGACAGCAAGGGACGGACUCCUCUUCACUUUGCAGCUUGUCGGGGUGACAUAGGAGUAGUGCAGAUACUCAUUUCUCAUGGUGCUAGUGUCAACAAACAAGAUGACAUUGGCAAUACUCCAUUACAUUUGGCCUGUACGGCAGGUCACGUAGGAGCCAUAACAGCUUUACUAAGAGCAGGAACCGAUUUGAUGGCUGCUGAUAGAAGAGGUAAUACUCCAUUUCACCUGGCUCUCUCAAGAUUAAGACUAAUAGACAAGACCCCAAGCACUGCACCAUUUCCUCUACAUAAGAAAAGACAAAUUGAAAAUAUUGUUGACAUGUUGAGAGAAUAUUUAGUUCUACGUGCUGAAAAUGAUGAUGAUGAUGAUGAAGGUCUAAAUACUGGAAAAACAAUUAAACAUAGUAAUAUUGGAGAGCUUGAAAGACUAGCGGGGCAACUAACAUUGUCAGAUACACCAGAAAAAGUCGAUGAAGUACAUAGUCUCCUUGAAAAUUUUACAAAUCUCUCAAUUCAAAGACUGGAAGCAGCUGCUGAUAAACAUUCACAAAUCAAGAGUUAAAAUCAAACUUUUCAUAUUUACAGAAUCAAUUAAUGUACAUAACUAGUUAACUACAUACAAACAGAUAAAAUGAAUUCAAAAUGUUUUUUUUAAUUUGUCACCAUGAAACUGUUCCAUCCAUCGUAGA